GCUCUAAAACGAGAAGUAUGAGUGAGUUCCCCCAAGGGGUCGGCCGCGCCCCUUCCUGUCCCCGCCCUGCAGCCUGCCCCAGGCCAGUGGAGUGGCAGCCCCAGAGCUAGGGCUGCUGGUGCCGAGAGGCCUGGUCUCUGAGAGCCCCGUGGGGAGCCUGAGCUCCAGAGGUCUCCUCCCCUGACUCACUGCACCUCCUCGUUCCCUGCACCCCCAUCCUAGGGGGGAGCCCUCUCCAGGAUGGUGAGGUGGUUUCACCGAGACCUCAGUGGAAUAGAUGCGGAGACCCUACUCAAGGGCCGGGGUGUGGACGGGAGCUUCCUGGCGCGGCCUAGUCGCAAGAACCAGGGCGACUUCUCCCUUUCCGUCAGGGUGAGGGAUCAGGUGACUCAUAUUCGGAUCCAGAACUCCGGAGAUUUCUAUGACCUGUAUGGAGGGGAGAAGUUUGCCACUCUCACAGAGCUGGUGGAGUACUACACGCAGCAGCAGGGUGUCCUACAGGACCGCGAUGGCACCAUCAUCUACCUCAAGUACCCACUUAACUGCUCUGACCCCACCAGUGAGAGAUGGUACCAUGGCCACAUGUCUGGGGGCCAGGCAGAGACACUGCUGCAGACCAAGGGUGAGCCCUGGACGUUCCUCGUGCGUGAGAGUCUCAGCCAGCCUGGCGAUUUCGUGCUGUCUGUACUCAGCGACCAGCCCAAGGCCGGCCCAGGCUCCCCGCUCAGGGUCACCCAUAUCAAGGUCAUGUGUGAGGGUGGACGCUACACGGUGGGCGGUGCAGAGACCUUUGACAGCCUCACAGACCUGGUGGAACAUUUCAAAAAAACGGGGAUUGAGGAGGCCUCAGGCGCCUUCGUCUACCUGCGGCAGCCGUACUAUGCCACGCGGGUGAAUGCGGCUGACAUUGAGAACCGGGUCUUGGAACUGAACAAGAAGCAGGAAUCAGAGGAGACGGCCAAGGCCGGAUUUUGGGAAGAGUUUGAGAGUCUUCAGAAGCAGGAGGUGAAGAACUUGCACCAGCGGCUGGAAGGCCAGAGGCCAGAGAACAAAAGCAAGAACCGUUACAAGAACAUUCUCCCCUUCGACCACAGCCGAGUAAUCCUGCAGGGACGAGACAGUAACAUUCCCGGGUCCGACUAUAUCAAUGCCAACUACGUCAAGAAUCAGCUGCUAGGCCCUGAUGAAAACGCUAAGACCUACAUCGCCAGCCAGGGCUGCCUGGAUGCCACUGUCAAUGACUUCUGGCAGAUGAUCUGGCAGGAAAACACCCGUGUCAUCGUCAUGACCACCAGGGAGGUGGAGAAAGGCCGGAACAAAUGUGUCCCUUACUGGCCAGAGGUAGGCACUCAGCGUGCUUACGGAUCCUAUGCUGUAACCAGCUGUGGAGAACACGACGCAGCCGAGUACAAACUCCGCACCUUACAGGUCUCCCCGCUGAAUGAUGGGGACCUGGUUCGGGAGAUCUGGCACUACCAGUACCUGAGCUGGCCUGACCAUGGAGUCCCCAGUGAGCCUGGGGGCGUCCUCAGCUUCCUGGACCAGAUCAACCAGCGGCAAGACAGCCUGCCCCACGCAGGGCCCAUCGUCGUGCAUUGCAGCGCGGGCAUUGGCCGCACUGGCACCAUCAUUGUCAUCGACAUGCUGAUGGAGAGCAUCUCCACCAAGGGGCUGGACUGUGACAUUGACAUCCAGAAGACCAUCCAGAUGGUGCGGGCACAGCGCUCUGGCAUGGUGCAGACGGAGGCACAGUACAAGUUCAUCUACGUGGCCAUUGCCCAGUUCAUUGAAACUACCAAGAAGAAGCUGGAGGUCAUGCAGACCCAGAAAGUCCGGGAGUCGGAGUAUGGGAACAUCACCUACCCUCCAGCCAUGAAGAAUGCCCAUGCCAAGGCUUCCCGCACCUCCUCUAGGCAUAAGGAGGAGCUGUAUGAGAACCUGCACAGCAAGAACAAGAAGGAAGAGAAGGUGAAAAAGCAGAGGUCUGCAGACAAAGAGAAGAGCAAAGGUUCCCUGAAGAGGAAAUGAGGCGGACAGGCCGAGGAGUCACGCUCUGUGGCUCUGCAGAGGCCUGUGUGGAAGACCGGCAGCCUGACCCAGGAUCCACCCCAGUCUAUUGUAAUUUAAAAGUGUGAGCCCACCUCCCCUCCCUGACCCUGUAUAUAACCCAGCAAGACCCAGCCCCUGGGCCAGGCUCUUCGACUCUUGUAAAUAAAGCCCUAGGAUCACCUUG